UUGCCUAAAUGUCCAGUGUCAGCCUACGAAGCAUUCCAAAAGACAAAUCUGUGUUUGCAAAUAACAGGCGGAGCUCAGCAGGAGAAAGCGUCAUCCGGUCAAUGAUGUCAUUCAAACUGAAACUACAGGUUAUUCUGCUGUCUGUGGCGACGGCUGGUUUGUUUUUGGUGGCACAUUUCAGUGACUUGUCUCAACUUCAAUUCCAAGACCUGUGUGCCUGUGACACCUGCAUGUCUGAAAACAGAGGGUUGCUUAGUGGUCGUCUGAACCGUUCUGUUGAACUGGUUUUGUCUUCAAAAACAAACCUCUCAGAGGAAGCUUUCAGGUGGUGGAAGCAUUUGAUGAAUGAACAGCGGGACUUAGAGUUCUUUAAAAAAACGGUCCAUAAGCUCUUUAAGAUCUUCCCCCACACACCCAAGCUUAGAAAACAGAGCCCUGACACCUGCAGGACUUGUGCAGUUGUCGGAAAUUCUGCAAAUUUGAAAGGCUCACAUUAUGGACCUCUGAUAGAUUACCAAGAUGUCGUUAUAAGAAUGAACUUUGCUAAAACAAAAGGCUAUGAGGAAGAUGUCGGGAACAAAACGACUUAUCAUGUCAUGUACCCAGAGAGCGCCAUGGAUUUACACAACUCCACUCAUCUCGUCUUCUUUCCGUUCAAGAUUAUGGAUCUUGAAUGGCUCAUCAAGGCUUUUACGACAGGAUACUAUAGAAUUUAUUACAUGCCCUUAAAGACCAGAAUUAGAGCCAACAAAGAUUUGGUGAUGGUGAUCAACCCAGCAUUCAUGAAGUAUUCUCAUGAGAUCUGGCUGGAGAAUGAAGGAGCGUAUCCAUCCACCGGCUUCAUGACUUUAAUUUUCGCCCUACAUAUUUGUGAUGAGGUCCAUGUCUUUGGCUUUGGAGCAGACAGCGACGGAAACUGGAGCCAUUACUUUGAAGUGUUGACCAAGAAGGAUUUGAAAACUGGAGAGCACCCUGGAGAUCGUGAAUAUGACAUCAUACAGAAACUAGCUGAAGAGAAAACUGUGAAAUUUUACAAAGGGUCAUGAUAGUGCCCUUAUUUCAUACAAACAAUAAUGAAUAUAAAAUAUGUGGGAUUACCUGAACUAUAGUGCAUAUUUUGCCAUUAUUAAUCCUGUGUUAUUUUUAUUGCUACGUUUUACUGAACAAAAGUCCAGCUAGCUGCUGAUUAAUGAUGGGUUGACAUUCAAGGCCAUCUCUAAUGUUUCAAAAGUCACAAAAACUUUUGGAAUGUUUAACUUUCCAAAAGUCACACAGAAGGUAUUUUUUGGUAUAACACAAAUAUUUGUAUUAAUUUAAUCAUUUUUGUGGUAGUGUGCAACAUAUUCCUAAUCCUAGUCUGCUUUCUGCGUUGUCAUGACAUUUUAUUGUAUAUUUCAUUUUUUUCUUUUUAAUUUAUGUUUUAAUCACUCUAGAACCUGGAAUAUCAUAUCUGUACUUCGCUAACCACUAGGGGGCGCCAGAGGACCACCAGGUCCGGGUACCACAGUUUGAGAAAGACUGAUCUAGAACCUGCUUUUAACACUAAAAUCUUAAUCGCUCAUGAAUAAAAUCUUGUAAGUAGUUGUCUUUUUUUUAAAAUCAACAUUUAAUUCCUUAUUUCCAAAAAAAAGUAAGAAACUAUUACCAAGUGUUAACUAACAAAAUGGUAAGCUGCGAACAAUUCAACUUGGACUGAGUACCAGUUCACAGAACAAAUGGAAGGCAUCCGAGUUAUAUUUGGCAGACUGGCUUUUCUUGUCCGUGCAAAAAUAAAUAUAGUGUUUCUGUUUUUGUUUGUCAUGAGUUCUGAGGUUUCAAAACGGUUCAGCCGGAUUAUGUCCUGGGUAGAUUUUUUUGCUUGCAUAGCCACUUUUAACUCAGACCUUUUCUCCAGAAACAUGUUAACAUGUGUGUGCAUGAAAUACCAAUAAUACACAUUCAUCCCUUGGA